AUGGCUAACACCGGCUACACGUCGCCUUUCCCCACCUCCCACGACACCAUCGGGCAGUCAACUCUGGUGACGCCUCUUUUCAUGCCAUCGUCCCCUCCCCAGCACUCUCCAAGUUUGCCGGCAGAAUCACCGCGCAGCGCGGGAAGUCCUGUGAGGGAGCGCACAACGACAAACACAGCAACGAACGACGACGACCACGAGCACAACCAUCAAGACCACCGAGACAAUGAAGUGCAGAACUUAUCCCCUCCACUUUCGCCAGUCAGCCCCUCAGGCUCUGACCUGGAUGCUCGUCUUGCCGAUUACACCCUGGACUUCAGCCAAUUUCCCAGCGGCCAAUUUGCGAUAGACGGUGACGAUGCAGAACUGCUCCCGGACCUGAAGAAUGAUGCACAGGAUGAACUGUCUGAUGUCGGGGGCCCACACGACUUCACCGCAAACAUGGAAAAGUACCUGAUGGGGGGCGAUGAGGACAUAGCCAAUGAUCUUUCAGAGGACGAGGCGGAGAUGCAGCCGGCAUUGGCCUCGGAACAUAAUCCUGUGGGAUCGAGACAGCCCGCAGUCGAGGAAGAGGCAGAUUCAGGCGAAUACAGUGAAUGUGGCCCUCCUGUCGACAUGUCAACUCCAUCGCAUAUGCUGCAUCGAGCCAGCGCACUUGCAAAGCAGUCUACUCAUCUCGAAGACAUUGAAGAGUACCCUGAAGAUGUUUCACAGGAUCAGCUUUCACCCUCGGCUCGCAAACAGUCGAUGACCUCGGGUAGUGAUGCUGGAUCAGAAGAACGGAACGAGGGUCUGAGUCACCGUAUUACACAGCUGAAAAAUGCGACGCGGAAUCGGGAUGAACAGUGGCAGCAUGAUCAUGAGAGAGAGCUCGAAGCCGACCCUACCGAGGAGCAGAUCCGAGAACUACAAGAAGAGCUGCAGCGCAAAAACGAGCGUAUGCAAGAACUGCUUGCUGCUAGCAAGGGGGGAUCCCAGGAUCCGUCUCUGGAAUCACUGAAAAACGGUGAUAUUGCGGUGUUUUUUGAUCGGCUCAGAAUGCACGAGGCCAGUGGAUUUAUGCCGCGCAUUCGCGAACUGGAGAAUAAAAUACAGGAGCUAGUCUCCCAGAGCUCCCUGGAGGCAGAACGUGUGGAGACAAUCGCCCAUCUUCGCCAGCAAAUCGAUCACCAUCAGGAACAACUUAAGAAACGAGAUGCCACCUUGGAUGAGACAACUGCAAAACUGAGGGAAACCACCCAAGCAAAUGAGGGCGAACUCCAAGAGAAGGACGCAGAGAUCGAGAGGCUGAAUAGGGAACUGGGCCGGCUCAACGAUGACCACCACUCUCUCGAGGAGCGCUUUACCAAACUUGAGACCAGGAACAGACCCCUGGAGGAGAAGAAUCAGACAUUGGAAGUCGAUCUUACUCGCGUGCAGUCCCAGGUGGAGGCUCAAGAAAAUGCCCUUAAAGCUGUAGCUGCAGAUUUUCCAGCUCCCAGCCACAGCACCUUUAGUGAGAUUCUUGACUUGAUCAAGGAAAUCAAUGGCCCAGACCCAAGCUUCCCGGUCAAGGACAAGCGGGCUGAAGAAGGAGAUGCGAAACUGCUAGGUCAGCAAGUACUCAAGCUGCAGGACGCAAUGCACGAGGCACAGGCCGCCCAAAAAGCCGCAAAUGCCGAAUCGAGCCAGCUCCGAGAGCAACUAUCCGAAUCCCAGGCUUUAGUCGAGGCCAUUGAAACCGAGAAUGCGCGCCUUACCACUAGGGUGGACGAACUGACAACAACGAUGAACAAAUCCCAACACGAGCUCACCCGUGCGAGAGAGGAACAUGCGAGAUCUCUGGAAACCAUUGCACGUUUGCAAGAAGACAAGAUUACCGAGCCCCCCAGUCCCCCAUUGUCGCCGUCGAUAGCUCAAGGUACCGUCCACUCCGAAUCAAGCGGGCCUGCCCCCAACACGGCCGCUCUAGAAGCGUCCCACCAGGCGCAAUUGCGGAGCCUCCAAACUGCCCACGCGACUGCCGUUUCCACGCUUCGCGCCUCGCACUCCGAAUCAAUGCGGAAAGUCUGCAACUCCCUCACACAGUCCAAGCAGCGCGAGGCCGACCUCCGUGCCGAGUUUGAAACCACCCGCGACACAGCCAACAAGCAAAUAUCCCAGUUGCGCCAGAGCCACAAGUCGAAGAUCAAGCAUCUCGAGGCCGCUCUCGCUGCGCGAGACGAGGCCAACGCCGAGGUCGACCAGCGCAUCGCUGCGUCUGUGAGGAAGAUCGAACUCAAGUGGGAGCGCCGCCUGAACCUGGUUUUGAACGACCGUGACCGCUUGGCUAAGGUCCUGAUGACUCUAUGGGGCGCUCAAGAUGAGAAAAAUAGUGACAACAGCAACAACAAAAACAAGAAGGAAAACCAUCGCCACGAUGGAGACCGCGCUCAUGCCAAGGACGGUCAAGCAUAUCGGUACAAGUACGCCAACAAGAACAAGGCGCGGGGUCGAGAGAAGGGGUCAUUAGGUGGUUGA